AUGGACGGCGCUGCCAAACUGCGCUACUUCCACUUCCUCCUUGAGCUGGGCUACAAGGAAAUUGAGAUUUCGUACCCAUCGGCGUCACAGACCGAAUAUGACUUUACGCGGCACCUCAUCACCACCGGAGCAAUCCCCGACGACGUGACCAUCCAGGUGAUGGCGCCCUGUCGAGAGGACCUAAUCCGGACCACCAUAGAGUCUGUCCGCGGUGCGAAGAGCGCCAUCAUUCACCUCCACGUUUCAACCUCGGACUGUUUCCGCGAGGUGGUAUUCAACCUCACUGAGAAUGAGAUGGUUGAUCUGGCCGUACGGUGUGCGAAAACGACCAGAGCCUUGACAAAGGAUAGUCCUGAUCCUGAAAUGGCAAAGACAGAAUGGACUCUAGAGUUCACGCCGGAAAACUUCCAGGACACAUCGGUAUACUUCGGACUGUCAAUCUGCGAGGCAGUCAAAGCUGCCUGGGAACCGACGGUGCAGCACCCGAUCAUCUUCAAUCUCACAUCGACGGUGGAGGUGGCCAUGCCGAACUUGUUCGCGGACCAGGUCGAGUUCUUCUGCGAUCACAUCACCGAGCGGGACAAGGUGUGCGUCUCGCUCCAUAACCACAAUGACCGGGGAUGUGCAGUGGCAACGGCAGAGCUCUCCCAACUCGCUGGAGCAGAUCGAGUCGAGGGAUGUCUGUUUGGGAACGGCGAGCGUACAGGCAACGUGGACCUAGUCACUCUCGCAUUGAACCUCUACACACAGGGUGUCCAUCCAGGAAUCAAAUUCGGAGAUAUAAACGCGGUCGUCAACCUAGUGGAAGAGCUGACGAAGAUCCCCGUGCAUUACCGAGCCCCAUACGCAGGCAAAUUCGUCUUCUGUACAUUCACAGGAACACACCAAGACGCCAUUCGCAAGGGAUACAAGAACCGGGCCUCGAUUGAGCGGAAUCUCGGCCGCUCCCCAAAAUGGCGCAUUCCCUUCUUACCCAUGGACCCAGUCGAUCUAGGCAGGAAGCACGAAGCUGUCAUCCGCAUCAACGCACAGAGUGGAAAGGGCGGGAUAGCGUGGUACGUCAACGAUGUCUUCCAGAUCGACCUGCCGCGCGAGCUGGAAAUCGACUUUACGAAGAUGGUUAAAGCGUACGCUAAUGUGAAUGGGCUGGAGAUUACACAUGAGAUGAUUGAAGAGCUGUUCCGAGAUAGGUAUAUGCUCUCUGCCAAUGUGGCUGAGAUAGAUCUUCUCAGUCGUACUCUGCUUGAGCAAAGAAACGGGGAUAAGUUGGAACUUCGCCAGAAUUAUACCAAUGGCUCUACUAAUGGCCACACCAAUGGAGAUGAUCACAAUGCAAACGGCUACAUAGGCGGUCCUGUUCGCCUACCUGGAAGUGGCCCUGCGAAUGGCACUAAUGGACACCUUAAUGGAAAUACCAACGGUAACGGCAACGGACAUGCGAAUGGAAAGACAAGCGGCCAUGGUGGAGAUACCCCUGGUCUCAUUGAGUCUUUAGAGUCAAAGAUUCUCGUCGCAAAUGAUCAAGACAUUCACGAAUUCGGCGCUGAUUCAGGAUCAAGCAUUAACCGUGCUUUCAAAGAAGUUGGAUUUAAUGUUGAAUUCCUCGAUUACACCGUCCAGACUAUCGAAAAGGCUGAGGAACUGGCUGGCCAUUCCUACGAGUAUGCGAGUUUCGUCAAGGUCGCUCCAGAGGGAGGAACAACGGCGCUUUGGGGAGUUGCUAUAAACGAGCGCCCUAUCUCGGCAUCGAUUCAAGCUGUCCUCGCCGCAUUGGUGAAGCUCAAGAUUCGUGGCACGAUACGUGAAGAAGCCGAGACAUCAGGCUGA